AUGGAAUCAACCCCUCUACGCCGGAACCGAUCGUCAAGGAGCCAUCGGAAUGGUAGCCCUACCUUAAGACCUUCAUUUGACACCAUCAAUAGUCCCGUCCUCUCGGAAUCUUCUUUCACAAAGAUAGGCACUAGUGGCGCAAGCAGCCCAAUCGCAAGGACAGCAUCGUCUGAAUCGGCCAAUUUCCAUCUCCUCCCACCCGUUCUAUCCACAGCGCCGGCGACAUUCGUUAGUCAUAUCAGCGAUGAGGAGGAUGCACUACCCUCAGCUCCGGAAGCACCUGACUCCCCUGUGCUAAUCCGCUUCAAGAAAAGGAGUUAUUCCAUCGAGCGAUUGCAGCCUAACACCAUGCCCUGGAAAAGUGGAGACCUGUUCCAACACGAGCUUGAUAAGCGCGAGAAUGACCCCUGGGAUACGUGCUACAAAUUGGCUAGAAAGCAUGACAAGGGGAUGUGCUUGGCAUGGAAGGAAGAGAUAGAUAAGAUCCUGACCUUUGCUGGACUCUUCGCUGCCACUGUGGUCGCCUUCCUCGCGGUAUCAUAUACUCUGCUCAAGCCAGACACGGCCGAUCUGCAGAACCAGAUCCUAUACCACAUUGCAACACAAAUAGAUAUUGUCCACAAUGCCACCCUUCCCAGUCUCCAGAAUUCCACCCUCCCUGACCUGUUUGCCUCUUCCAAUCCACCGUUUGUCGCCGUCCGAAUGAACUCCGUCAUGUUCCUCAGCCUCACACUUGCCUUGAUCACGGUCCUGGUCGGCAUUACAUGCCUGCAAUGGAUUCGGGAGUAUGAGCGCGAUGCCCGUCUAGGUCCAAAGGAGGCUUUUGCCCUGCGGCAAAUGCGCUUCGAUGGAUUCCAUUAUUGGGGCGUACCAACGAUGCUCUCGUUCCUACCCGUCCUACUCCAACUUGCUGUCGGUCUGUUCUUCUGGGGCAUGACUGAAUUCCUUUGGAUGUUGAACGGGACCGUCACCCUGAUUCAGAUCAUCCCGAUUGGAAUCGUCUUCUUUUUCGCGGUUGUCACCACAACGUUGCCAGCGCUCCAGUCAAUAUUCAUCAGCGAGAAAGAUUUGCGAGGCCACCAAUGUCCCUACAAGUCACCACCGGCGCGUUUAUUUUCCGUUCUCGCCUUUUGGCUUGCCCGCAUCUUCAUCAGCCUCAUUCAAUUUACGACCAACUCCGACGUGUUGGCGCACAAGAAGGCCUUCCUCGAGAAACUCGCCAAAGGUGGCCUGACCGAUUGGCUCACCUUUGACACGGCCUGGCAAACAGAGCGCCUCAUUGACCUUUCGACCAUAGAGGCAAAAGAAAGCCGCGACGUCCCGCGUAGUCUCGCGUGGCUGGCAAGAACAUACGUGCAUAGCCGUGAAGCAAUCACAGGGCUGUACCACGCCCUCCGCGAAAUUUACCCUUCAACCAGUUUACAGACACUCAGGAAGAUGACACGGCAGGGGUUGGAUAGCGUUGAGGAUACGUGGAAGGAGCAAGACGAGGAAAUUUACGCGGACAUUAAGGCCGCUUUGCUCCUGGACCAGUUGGUUAUGAAUAACCCUCAGUUGCACCCGCCGCUCCUUCAUAAGCGGACGGAGCUCUUUGUACGGAUUGUCAACCAUGAAAUCGUCGAACCAAAACCACACUUGAAAGUUUGGGAUUUUUUUGACGCCUUGCCUGGGUCGGGAAUCAAGCUUUCUGUGCCUUUUAUGAAGAACCAGAAUUACUUGCUGCUUACAGAUGCAUGUAAAUGGCAGCUCCUCAUCACCUUCAGGGGCUACCUCAAGAAAGUCGGUUGGAAAGACAAGCUCUGGGACAUUGUACGGCCGCUCAUCUUCCAGACCGUCACCUCGCGACCGCUCACCGCUGACAGCUCUCUCCUGCAAGAGCUGAACGAGUUCAACACUGAGCUGCAGACGUAUCUCGUGCGCAGCCAAAACCUUCCGAACGGGCGCAUCGUGCAGGUGCACAUCCGCGCAUACAUAAGGCAGUUCGAUGACGCGAGGCAGGGGAGGGAGUUGCAUCUGCCAAGACGCCUUGCAGGGUUCGACGAGACACUGCAUACUCUGAGGUCGUCGCUGGACAGCCAGGCGGAGCUUUUGAACAUCCCGCCAUCGAUUGGGCGACGCCCGAGCCGAAGGAGUGAACAUCGGUCUUAA